AUGAAACCCAGAAAUCCAGAUCCAAUGAAACCAAGACACAGAAGGGUUGAAAUUAGAUCUGCGGCGACGAUUUGGAAGGGGUACGACGGUUUAGAAGGGGUCGGAGAUUUGGAAGGGGUACGAGCUUUCAUCCUCCUCCUCCUCCUCGGCGAUUUGGAAGGUUUCCGACCUCGGUCAGCCACAUACAUCUUCCCCAACCUUCAUCGCCUGAUGGAAGCCGUCACUCCAUCUUCGUCCCGUCUCUUCAACACCAACGCUGUCCGGCGGGUCUCUGAGUCCGGGAAGGGCCUGUUGAUUGUAUUGUUGUUUUCACAGAGGAUGCAGAAGGGUCUCCCACCAGUUUUGUCGAUUUAG